GUUCUGCCCCAACAACUACCUUGUCAUGGUUGAGCUUGGCAUCACGUUGAUGGACAAGACCCAGGAGUAUGAGGAAGCCGCGGAUCUGUUCAAGCGCGCCAUUGACCUCUGCCCCAUCCUGCCCGUGGACGGCUUCCUCCAGCAACUCUACACCAAGGUGCCACAUUUAAAGGAGCAGUGGGAGGCGGAGAAGAAGGCCAACGAGUUCUCCCUCAAUGAACCACCGGCCCGACUCUUACCAGAGGCUUGGGUGGAUCGCUUUGAGGCCACAGAGCGCCCGAACCAAGCCUUUUUGAGGGUUGGUGCAGAAUUGGAGCAGUGGUUUGCGGAGGUUCGCCGACACAAAGCAGACCCAACAGUGCAGCGCAAACUUUGGAGUGUGCUGGUCAUCAAGUGGGAUCCGGACAAGUGGCCCAAGGAGCUGAGAUCCUUCACUACCCAGGUGCACGAGGCCUUGAAGGCGCGCCGCGAGCGCGAGCUCGCCAAGGCAACGCCCGAGGCCAUUGAGGAUUGGAAGGACCAGGACGAGUUGGAGUUCGAGGAGGCCCAGGAGGAGUAUGACGAGGAGGCUGUGGCUUUCCUCCGACGGCUGCGAUCGCAGCGGGCACGGUGA